AAUGAGCGUAGAGACGAUACCCAAAUACCAAGCCUUCAAUAUGAAUAAUGAUUAUAGAGCGCCAAUUACAUGCCCUUAUGGUUGUACAUUAAAGUUGGUUGAAGAAUAAUUAUUGCUACAUGUAACCAAAUGCUGGAGGUAAGAUGACUCACUUUAUGGUCAUUGCAAAUAUAAUUAUCUCCACAUUUACCCAUAUUCAUAGUUGCCUUUUCACGAAUAGAAUUGCACGAGCAAUAUCCCAAUGACUGAAGAAGAUUUUGCAUAUAAGCCAGAUCCAAAAUAUAAUAAUGUAAAUUUAGAUUGGAUCUAAGAUGAAUUGUCAUUGCAAUAUGCAAAAUAUUUUGUAUUUUCUAUUUAUUUAUCUAAUAGGCACCCAUAUAAGACUAAACUUCUUUGUCUAAUAAAGAAGAGAGUAAUAAAGAUUAGCAGAGAUCCUAGGAUUAAGAGAAAUAACCUGAGGAAUUCGAUUAACAAUAAACCUUAAUCACCUCUGAUGCAGAAACAGAAAAAGAUUUAAAAGAAAAUGAAUGUAAAACUGAAGAUCCUAAAAAUUUGAAUUUCACUGAAUUUUAGUUACAAAAUUAAAGUUUGAAUGUUUCUGGUAAAAAAGUGGAUCAGCUAAAAAAUGGAAAGGAAGACUCAAAUAAACCUUAGUAUGGUCAUAUGGAAAACUCAGAAGCUGAAAAAUCUAUUUCAAAAUACAUACAAUAACUAUUUAAGAAGAUGAGAAAGAUUUGGUGA